UUUUUCUCUCUUUAUUCGAUUUCGAUACCAAUUCCAUUCCAUUCUCAGACGGAAUUCGAACCCUAGCGAGCUCUUGCGAUCUUGAAUCAUGGAGGUCAUAAACGGAGCUGGCGAGGAGAGGAUCUACCAGCUUUUGGUGACGCUGUUAGGGAGCAAAACUGCAAUAUUGAGAUACACCACACCGCACGUCUGCACCAACGACAUCAAGCGCCGGCUCUACGAAAUCACCAAAAUACCCCCGGUUCGCCAGCGCCUUGUAACCGGCACGCAACAGCUUGAGGACGACUCCGUAGUCUCAUGCUCCGGCGGCGAGCUUCGAUUCCCAACCGUGUGGCUGACGCUGCGGCUACGCGGCGGGAAGGGAGGGUUCGGUUCGCUGUUGCGUGGCGCGGCGACGAAAGCCGGGCAGAAGAAGACGAGCAAUUUCGAUGCUUGUCGGGAUAUGAGUGGACGAAGGCUUCGGCACGUGAACGCGGAGAAGAGGCUGGAGGAGUGGAAGGCUGAGGAGGAGGAGAGGAGGCUGGAAAAGAAUGCCGAAGAGUUCCUGAAGAAGAUGGCGAAGAAGGGGAAGAAGGGGGCUGGGGAUGGUGAGGCCGAGAAGUACGUGGCCAAGUACCGGCAGGAGUCUGAACGCUGCGUUUCCGAGGUCCUGGACUCGGUCAGGGACGCCGUUAAUGGGAAGCGUAAAGGCGGUUCUGCAGUAAAGGCCUCAGAGUCCAAGAAAUUGAAGAUAUGGAUGGGAAAACGAAAAUUGGGUGAAAGUGAUAGUGAUAUUGACGACACAGAUGAUGAAGAGGAGAAUGAGAAAUCCAUUGUGUUACAUAAUGGCAACAAUUCGGAUUCGAGUAAGGAAGCUGAGAGGAGUUCAGGUUCUGUUACUGGUGGGAAACAGGUUGGAGGGUCUUCUGGUGGAGGAUCAUGUGAGAGUGGCUCUGAGGAAGAAAAAGAGAUUGCUAUGCAGGGAAGAUUGGAAUCUGACGAGUUAUCAGCUGAAGAUUCUCCUCCCAAGGAGCAAAACCAUGUGGCUGGACCAGUGACUCAAGACGAGAAGAUAGUUCCGAGUUUGACUCUAUCUUCAAUGGAGUUGGAGCCGGAUGAGAAGAUGGAUUAUAACGAUCCAGUAAUAGGUAAUGUCGAUGAAGCAGUUGGUCAAUCCCCAAAAGCUUCGUGUUCAGGUUGUGGAGAAGGUGUCGAGAGCACAUCAAUUGUUCCUGAAGUCAGUCCUUCUUUGGAGUCAAAUAAAGAAGUUCGUGAAGAAACAGCAGCUAGUACAAAUGUAACAGAAACAGACAAGCCACUGAAUUUUGAUGAAUACAAUUCAGCAGCUGAAAUGGAGGCUCUUGGCAUGGAAAGAUUGAAGUCUGAACUGCAAGCUCGUGGGUUAAAAUGUGGUGGGACUCUGCAGGAGCGUGCUGCCAGGCUUUUCUUGCUAAAAUCUACCCCUGUGGAGAAGCUUCCGAAAAAACUGCUUGCUAAGAAAUGAUAAUCUAUGUAGUGUUUUAUGUUUUGAUGUAAGUCUGUAAUGUUUGUUUUUGUAAUAUAACGAAGCAACUUUCUCCUC